ACAACUUCGCAUUUACACACUAGUUGCUAGCACAACUUUGUCGAGGAAAGUUCGAUACGAACGAUUAUUUCGACGUUCACGUGGAGUGAUUUUAUUUAUUUAGAUCGGGGAAGCGGGUCGAUGGUUUAGUUUGUGUUUUGACGAUUUGGAAUAAUUUUAAACGUGAUUUUUUGAUCUCCGACUCAUGAAUCGAAACGAAAAAUGUCAGCCAGAUAGAACCAAGCAGCAAAAAUGAAAUGCGAAAUCAACAAAAAUCUAAUCACAUUAAAAUGUGUCCUCUUCCUGUUUUUCGGGGCUUUGGGCAGCCUCUUCCCGUUUUUGCCCAAUCACAUGAACGGGAUUGGGCUAUCCCGGGACGAAUUCACCAUCAUUUCGAUUGUCUCGCCUCUAGUUGCAGUGAUAGGGCCUUUGGUGGCCGCUCCUUUAGCUGAUAGACUUGCAGGGGGGUAUGGAGGGUCACCGAGGAGCAAAACAGGGAGGUAUCUAAGAGUCAUGAUUUCCGUGUGUUUAGGACUCGCCAUAAUCCUCUACUGGCUUCUGUUAACUGUACCAAGAAUCCAACGAAGCCCUUCAAGUGUUACUUUUACGUGUAAUGAGGAUGGUGCUUUCGUCCUUCAGAAUAAAUGUGGCCACGAGAGGACUUGUCAUAACUGGAAUGGUGAAAAAGGGGAAAUUUCCUUGCGUGACUGUACGUUUUCCUGCAAUGCUACGACUCUCUACACUGGGGUACCAAUUCCUGAACCUUCUCCUCAAACCAAGGAAAACGAUACAACAACGGAGGACUACUACGACGAUCCCGCAAAUGAAGCAGAGCCUGAUUUUGGAACUACUAUAAUCCCAGUCAGUAGUAGCAAAGCCAAUCCUGGAAUUGUCCUCAGUCCUCACUUAUGUCACAAGACUGACAAAGAUGUAACUAUUUGUGAUGUCUAUACCAAAUUUUCGAAAACAAUACAAAUUCCUCUAAGUCUGAAGUCAAACCUUGCAACCUCCUCAAGUAACGAAACUGAUUCAGACGACGAAGAUAUCUGCCGAUAUCCAGUUGCCGAUUAUUUCCACUGCAGGAUGCCCCAAGAAAUCGUCAAAGAGUUGAAAGCAACCGAGGAUCCGAACUGCCAACCUGUCGUCUUGUGUGCAAUCCAUGAACCUUACACUUCUGCUAGUUUACUAAAAACCUCAGAAUGUGGUUACAACGCAAUGAGUUUUUGGCUGUACCUUGUCAUAAGAUCAAUUGCUGAUAUUUUCCCCGCCGCUGCUGUGGCGCUUUUGAGUACCGCUGUGGUGAUAGCGACUCGGGAGACUUCAACCGGAAGGAGCGACAUUGGGAAACAGUUAGCUGCAGGGGCUUUAGGUUUUGCGAUUUUCGCCCCAAUUAUUGGAGGGUGUGCUAAUGGAAACCUUAGAGAUGCCCUGAUUUGUUUUACUGUGCUUAAUCUACUCGCAAUUGUGAUUUUAUUAUUUGAUAAUAAUAUGCCUUUGAGUCCACCUGAAUGGUGGUGGUACACCCGUUGCGGCCUUCUAGCCCUUCCUAUGUCUUCAGUGCGGAAGUACCGAAACGAAGUCAUCGCACUUGGAGUGAUUCUAUUUGUUUUGGGGAUUUUAUGGAACGCCAUCGAUGCCUACUUGCCAUGGAAUGCAGCUACAAUGCCCGACAGUUCGAACCUGAUAAUUGGCUUGACGGUGACAAUGGGCGCAAUCCCAGCCAUCUCCCUCCUAACUUUCGCCGAAAAAGUGGUCGAUUAUUGCAGCCAUUCCAACAUCCUCAUCUUGUGCUUCGUCACUUAUGUCAUCCAUUACGUGGCCUUGGCGAACAUAACCGAAGCUGCCGUUUUGCUCAUCUUUGAAGUUUUGGAGAUUUUUACGCUACAUCUCAUGUGGAUUACUGCCAUACUUUACUUAAGACAUUUAGUUCCAAGAAAAUACACUGCCUUGGGACAAGCACUGCCCGUCAUUGCUCACUUUUGCUUAGGCCGUUGCUUCGGCGCUUUGAUCGGCCGAUCGGCCUAUACGCUUUAUCCGGAAAAAGUCAAAUAUCCGGAUAACCACGGCCCCGUGUAUGGAGGUCUUGCAAUCGCUGCUGCGAUUAUCGCAGCUCUCUAUUUCGUAGCAUAUCACUUCUACCUGAAGCCUUAUUGUGUCCCGCAUGUUCAACUCCCGCCUUAUCCGGCACCUUCAGUCGUCCAAAGUGUGAAUGGGAACGGUUCGUAUACCCCUCUUAGGGUGUAUCACAACGGACGGGCGAAGAAAGGACAUUUUAGAUACUAGUUAUUUAUACUUGAUGAUAUUCUGUGUAAAAGAAGCUUUACGUAACUGUAAAAUAUUUAUCUGCGAGGCUUUGGCCCCAAUUUUUGUACAUUUUGCAGCUUUAAUAAUAUAAUAUCUAUAUUAAUAUAUCGAUUGAAUGUUUUAAAUAUGAAAUGUGUACAUCGUGCUUUGUCUCUUGUUGUUUUGUAAUUGUCACGUUUUUAUUGUUUUAUGACUUGUUUCCCAUUUGCAAUUCACUCUCAUAUGGAUAUCGCAACUUUGUAUAAAUGGUUAUUUUUUUAAUGAAAUUAAUAAAUUAUUAAAGUAG